UCGGUUCGAGAAAAAUUGUGCUGCAUUAUUUUUAAUUUAUUUUUGUUUCUAAAUAGAAUUGCAUCUACAAAAUAAUAUAUUUGAGUUUAUAAACGAUGUGAAUUAAAAGGCAAAUAGUUAUUUGUUAUCAAACUAAGUUUGUGAUAAAUUAAAAAAUAUUGUAUACACAAAGCGGUAAGAAAAAAAGCCAAAAACAUAGUUGACAGGCCGCUUGUCAAAUGAAAAUAAAAUCAAAUUAAAAAUAGAAAAUUAGUCAAAUAGUUAAUAAAGUGAAUUGAAAUUAUUUACGUUGAAAUUAAAACAAAAUUAUUUAAUAAUUUUGUACUUUUGAAGAUAAAUACCAAAUUUUGUAGUGAAAUAGAAUGAAAAGCACAUGAUAAUAGCAAAUUGUUAUAAAAAUUAAGAGAAGACGUUGUGAAGAGAAAAAAAUUUAAGAGUAGCAUAAGGGAAUUUGCUAAUUCAACGGUGAAAAUUCUUGAUAAUUUUUCCAUAUUGUUAAAAGAAAAACGUGCGAUUAUAGAUAAUUUUUUUUUAUAAAUAAUAAAUAUUAUGGAUAGAAAGUUAAAAAAAGCAGUAAACCUAAAAGGAUAUAAUUUAUUAGCCACAGGAGCAGCUACAGCAAACACUACAACUAAGCAAAGUGAUAGUUUUAUGCAAACUUCAUAUGUGAUUCCAACAAAUACUACCUCAAUGCCCCCAGUUAAUUUACCGCCACCCGCAACAACAUUAGCCAAAGAUGCUGCCGGCUUUAAUCAGUAUCAUUCACCUCAAUAUCGUAGCACAAGACAACGUACCAACAUUACGACAACACAACAGAAUGCCAAUUAUAAUAUAAAUACGGCUGCAACAACAACACCUUUACAAUUAACACAACAACAGCAACUGCAGUCGACGACAGGGCAAAAAAUUAACAACAACAACACCAAUAAUAAUAAUAGUACGAAUAAUCAAACAGUGAUGAGUGCUAAAGCAGCUGCCUGUAUAGCUUCACCUAUGGAACAGCUGGCAGCAGUUCAUGCAAAGGCUACUUCAAGUCGUAAUAAGAAUGAAGAGGCCAUUAAUGACUUGAAAACACGCAUUCCUGAAAUUGAAAAUAUCUUCGAUAUACACAGUCGAAUUGGUAAUGGUACCUUUAGUACGGUACUAUUAGGUACGCUAAAAAGACAACGUGAUGUACCAGAUAAUCAAAAACGUAAAUUUGCAAUCAAACAUCAUAUACCAACUAGUCAUCCAGAUAGAAUAAUGAAAGAACUGCAGUGUAUGGCAAAAAUUGGUGGCACCGACAAUGUGGUGGGCAUCAAUUGCUGUAUACGUUGCGAUGAAUCGGUGGCUUUUAUAAUGCCCUAUUUGGCACACGAUCGUUUUCAUGACUUUUACAAUAAAAUGGAUGUGGCCGAAGUACAAUUUUAUAUGAAAAAUCUCUUAAUAGCUUUGCGUCAUGUCCAUCGCUUCAAUGUUAUACAUCGUGACGUUAAACCCAGUAAUUUUUUAUACAAUCGCCGCAAGCGACAAUUUCUAUUGGUUGAUUUUGGUCUGGCCCAACAGGUGACCGCAUCACAGGUCAGUUUGUCCAACAAUAAUAGCAACCUCACGGGAAAAUUAGAAAGCCUCGCAUUGCUGGCACCACCUACUAAUGCAACCGCCGCAGUGGGCGUAGGCGAAGGCAAGAGGAUACGUGAACACGAUGAUAUGAAUUCUAAAAAAUCUCUGGAAGUGGCUGUUGCUGUAACUGGUGCUGGCGAGGUAGUUAGUGGUACAGCAAAACGUUUACGCUGUACAUUACCCCCACAAGAACAACAAACGCCAGCGGCCGUGUCAUCUGGUCCAACAACACGUGCCGCCAAUGCCGCUAAUACUGGUACUUUAUCACAUACACCUUUUAAAAUGCCUUUAAAACAAAUUAAUGAGAUUCCUAACACUCUACCCAUAGGAUCAAAAGGAGCUGUGGCCAGUGGAGGUAGUAAUGCAAGUGUACACGAACGUAAAUCUGCUGUUGGAGCUGCAGUUCACACCAUGAGUAGUCGUUUACAGCAGAAAUUAAGAGCUCAAGGUGGCGCUGAAACGGUACAUCACAGCAGCACACGUACAUCAUCUGCAGGUGGCGGCAAAAAUACACCUCCCAUUACACAGGCUGCUAUUGCCAGCAAUAAUAAUAACAACAACAACAACAAUAAUAGUAUGGAUGCUAAAUACAAUACAAAUCGUAAUUUAUCGACCUCAAAUAGUCCCAAGUGUUAUUGCUAUGGCAAUGCCCAAGUUUGUAAUAUUUGUCUGGUGAAAAAGGAGAUUCAUGCCUCGCGCGCUGGCACGCCUGGCUAUCGGCCUCCCGAGGUGUUACUCAAAUACCCCGAUCAAACAACAGCCGUUGAUGUGUGGGCGGCAGGAGUAAUAUUUCUUUCUGUACUCUCCUCCGUUUAUCCAUUCUUUAAGGCUCCCAAUGAUUAUGUGGCCUUAGCAGAAAUGAUAACAAUAUUUGGUGAUAAAACCAUACGUAAAACCGCCCAUGUACUCGAUCGUUUGGUAACCUUAUCGCAAAAGACCAAACCUCUGGACUUGCGUAAACUGUGUGUGCGUUUCCGUAAUCGUGUGAAAUUCAGUUCGCCCGAAUUGUUAAAGAAAUAUCGAAGACCCGAUGGUACCUGUGAAGUUUGCAAGAAUUGUGAUCAAUUUUUUUUCAAUUGUCUGUGCAUGGAGUCACCUUUUGUAACAGAAUCUCAAGAUGACGAUGAUAUCUUUCCCUCCAGUGCCUAUGACUUACUCUACCGUUUGCUGGAGGUUAAUCCUCACAACCGCAUAACGGCCGAUGAAGCGUUGCAGCAUCCAUUCUUUCUGGAAUGUCAUAACAACAACAAUAACAUAACUACCUCAAAUCCUGUGACACCUUCUGCUUCCGCCCUGGCGACAACUGUGCCUCUAAAUACUCCCUCAAUAAGUUUGGCCGCCGCGGGUGAUUCUGCUAAGAAAACUCGCAAUUAACCAACACAACAUUUGCAGUGAUUUAUUGAAACAUUUCUUUGUAUUUUUGGUUUUAAUUAAUUUUCUAUUUAGUUUUUUUUUUUUGCUUUUGCCAAAGCCUAAUUUUAAUUUAUUAUAUUUUCUAUUGAGAUUUUGUUAUUAGUUUUUUAAUUUUGCCUCGUAUAUAUAUAUUGUAAAUCCUGCUUUUAUUUAUUUACUAUUUGUAUAUCCUUAAAAAACAUGUAAACAAAUUUCCUUUGUAACCAUUAACUAUAUAUUUAAAUAAUUAUUUUGUAUGAUAAACACAAAAUGUAUCCCUUGUUGAAUAUGCUAAAGAAAAUUUUUUGUAAAUAUAUUUUUAGAUAUUUUAUAUAUACACAUUAAAUUAAAAAAUAAUAUAGUGUUUAUAUUUAAAAAUUAAAAAAAGAA